UAUUUAAAGUAUACAGCGAUCAAGAAUUAGAAAUCAUGAGACUUUCUAUUUGCUAAGUGUAUAAUUUUGACGAUGCGAUGGUAAUAGGAAAGUGUAUGUGUGGUCAUAGAUUAUAUAGUAUUUAGAACUCUAUACAGGAAAUGCGCAGAACAAACGAAAAUUCAUUGUCUAGUUACUACAAUAGGUAUAAAUUCUUUUUUAUGAUUGGUAGAUACAAAUAAUAAUUGAAAUAUAAAAUUAUACUACUAGCGUCUCUAUCGUCAGAAGUAACGUAUUAUAUUUGAUUCGGACAGAACUAUAUUCUACCGACUUUCCCGUCUAGAAAGUUCUAAGAGAAAUACAGCAAUACUGACACUUUCAAGUUGUUUUAAACGUGAAUGUGUGUACUAAAAGUUAGUUGAUUCUUAUUUCACUAAAACUGUAAAUAAUAAAGUCAUGGUAAAUGUUACAAAAGGAAUUUUAGUCGAAUGUGAUGCAGCUAUGAAGCAGUUUCUUUUGCACUUGGAUGAGACUUUUGCAUUAGGACGAAAAUUUAUUAUCCAAGACUUGGAUGAAAGACACCUAUUUAUAUCUGUUGAUAUUUUAGAUACAUUACAAGCAAAAGUAGAUGAUCUUAUGGAUCAAAUAUCAUUCCCUUUAGCAGAGAAAGGAAUAUAAAUAAUUAUUAUAAAAUUCGUUUAUCUAUAAAUUGUUAUGAAGAAAUUUUAAAAAAUAUAAAUUAUUA